UAAGAGGGUGUCAUCGUCAUGAGCUGUCAGAUUGCGUGUUCCAAUGUUUUCUUCGCAAAGUCUCAAAAAAUCAUCAUUUUACCGUGAUGUGCUUUAAUGUGUUGCUUGUUUCCCUAUCCAGACGGUAUCUAGGACCUCUGAUACAUCUGUCAAGGUAUUUUAGCAAGAAAUCCAGCAAAUUCGUUCCCCGGAAAAUGGAUUUAAACCUGAGAGUACGAGAAAAUCCCGUUGUUACUAUACUCAAGCGUGAAGAAUAUGCUGCCAUCCUGACGGAAGACUUGGUGGAUUUGCUGGAUCUCUUCAAGAAAUACAAAUAUGAGAUCCGAUUAGCUGGCGGUCCUGUGAGGGAUCUGCUGAUGAAGAAGAUACCCUCGGACAUAGAUCUCGCCACAACGGCCACUCCGACGCAGAUGAAGGAGAUGUUCACGCAGGAAGAGGUGCGAAUGGUGAACGCAAAUGGGGAGAAGCAUGGCACAAUCACUCCCCGCAUCAAUGACUCCUCAAACUUCGAAGUGACCACCUUGAGGAUUGACGUGACCACAGAUGGACGCCAUGCAGAAGUGGAGUUCACGACAGACUGGCAAUUGGAUGCGAAUCGUCGCGACCUGACGAUAAAUUCAAUGUUUAUGAGCCUUGACGAUGGCACAAUUUACGACUACUUCUUCGGCUUCGAGGAUUUGCAGAACAGGAGGGUGGCUUUUGUGGGGAGUGCAGAGACCAGGAUACAAGAGGAUUACUUGAGAAUAUUGCGGUACUUUCGGUUUUACGGGCGGAUCGCGGAGGUGGCAAAUAACCACGAAGAGGACACACUGAAGGCCAUAAAACAGAAUGUUGCAGGUCUUGAGAGAAUUAGUGGCGAGAGGAUUUGGGUGGAGCUGAAGAAGAUCCUCCAGGGCAGAUUCACCUGUGAACUCAUAAAGGUGAUGCUGGAGUGUGGGAUGGCGAAAUUUAUUGGUUUGCCAGAAGAGCCAAACAUUGCGGAGUUCGAAAGGUUGUGUGAGACAAAGAAGAACUUUGAUAGUUCACUCAAUUCUGCCACAAUUCUCUCGUCACUCCUCUGGACACCUGAAGAUGCAGUGAAGUUGAAUGAAAGGCUGAAAUUUUCUGCUUUCGAGAGAGAUCUCAUCUUCUACAUUAUACAGAAUCGUGAACAGACCAGAGAUGUUGAGAAGAUUGUGCAUUUCCAGAAGAUGUGUUUCCAGACUAUAGGAAAACUGAGUGAGAUGAGAAGUUUCGUUGAGCAAUUGCUUAUGUAUCACAACAAGAAGGAUUUGCAGCAGUUGCUUAGCCAGUGGGAAAUCCCACGAUUUCCUGUGAAUGGAAGUGUGCUGAAAGAGCACGGAUGUCCGUCGGGAAGGUCCAUGGGCAUUGUGAUGAGUGCACUGAAAGAGAUCUGGGCCAAUGAGGAAUUCAAGUCAACGACGGAAGAUCUGCUGAAGCAUUUACCGGGCAUUCUGGAGAAGAGGGAAAGCAACAGGUCUCCUCCUCUAGCUCAGAAGAAACAGAGAAAAAUAUAGAGAGCCUUGUGAUAUAUGAAGAUGAGGAAUAAACUGAAUUGCCGAUGGGGUAAGUUUCCAAUCAAUUAUCUCAC